AUGUAUCUUGAUGAACCACAGUGGAUGGAGGGCGAAAACGCAAAGGGUGAGGCUUUGGCGGGCAAUCUUCCAGUACGAGACAUACAGUCGUAUCUUGAAAGGAACCCGGAAAUUUGCUUCGUUGUAUACAGAGACUUUUCUGUCCCCGUCUCGAGAAAAAGGGGUAUCGAUCAUACCUUAUCCGUGCCAAAACACGACACGGAGAUGAUAGAGACAACUACUGCGGAUCUAACCACGACUGUUACGAAAUUCAUGUCGUUCUAUGGCUUCAGUACAGACGUCAUGGGUGAAAUAGGGAGGACAGAUGCUCCAGAUCGACAUUUUACCGAUGUCGAUGGCUCGACCGAGCUUUUAGCUCCAUAUCCUGCCUUUUACCACGCCUCGAGACAAUCCAUGGGUCCGUUCCUCGAGUCACUGGAAAACCCGGAGAAGCAACAGUUUCAGUUAUUACUUGAUUAUGUUAUGUCUAAUUUUGAAAAUGAGUACGAUGAUGCCGAGAAAAUAAUUGGAAGCGGUAGAAUCACGAAACGAUACUUUCAAUACCUUUUCAAACCUGGCGACGUGAUCGUGCAGAAAGAGACCGAUGAAGCAAGGGGCCUCAUAUGCAGUUCCUGGGUUACCGAAGAUCGAAUCAAAGACGGCAAAAGGAAGACGCCGGGAAAGGCAUCGAUGAUAAAAUACACUAUUCAAGCUCGCCACUGGACCUUUGAUGGAGUAUUUUCACAUAAGUCGACCCAUUUAAAAUGGGAAAUAGAUGACAACUAUAAUUCGAAGCUGGAAAUCAAUGGCUUGAACAUUUGUCCUUUAGACUAUGUGGACGAAAACCUAAGAGCUAAACUGCAACGCAGGGGGGAAUGGAUCUGGAAGUGUCGUACGAAGCAGCUAGUAUCAUAUCAUGAAGAUGAAAAUCGACAGUUACACGAUUCGGACGACGAAAGAUAUAUGAUCGACAUGAUGGUAUAUCGUGAGUUGCAUAAGCCAGAUAAGAAACGCGAUAUUACCCGGUGGAUAUCCCCAGACCACCCAGAGACAGAUGACCUGAGUCCCGAAGCGAUGAAGCGAGACUACCCGCCUUCUGACGAGUUUUUAUACGUAUUGCCUUCGAUUAUCAAGGGCUUCAACCUUAAGAAGAAGAAAUGGUUGGAUCUAAAGGUCGAUAAUUUAGGCGAAGUAGUAUGGAAUAAGACGGCUUUUGAGAGACUUGUUCUUGAAGAGAAGACCAAGAAAUUGAUUCUGGCUCUCGUCAGCGACCAGGUGGAAUCGAAGAGGUCAACAGAUCUCAUAAGUGGCAAAGGGAAUGGCUUAAUCAUGUUGCUUCAUGGAGGUCCCGGCACAGGCAAGACUCUGACAGCUGAGAGUGUGGCCGAGAUUGCCCGGAAGCCACUCUAUCCUGUUACUUGUGGUGACAUCGGAACGGAGCCAGAAGCUGUCGAGAAUUAUCUCGAGUCCGUUCUGCAUCUCGGAAAGACCUGGGGGUGUGUUGUCCUAUUAGAUGAAGCCGACGUGUUUCUUGAACAGCGUAGUCUCCAGGACCUUCAUCGGAAUGCGCUGGUAUCCGUGUUCCUUCGAGUACUCGAAUAUUAUGAGGGGAUAUUGGUUUUGACGAGCAAUAGAGUCGGCACCUUCGACGAAGCUUUCAAGUCGCGCAUCCAGUUGGCUAUCCACUACAACUAUCUGAGCUUUAAUGACCGCUCUAAGAUCUGGGGAAAUUUUAUCUCACGCGUACAGGACUUUGAAGAAGAGGAGAUUGAUGCUGCCGAUCUAAAAGAUCACAUCAAGGACUUGGCCCAGUUUGAGAUGAACGGAAGGGAGAUCCGGAACGCCAUCACGAAUGCACGGCAGUAUACCCGAUGGGAACGAAAGCAGCAGCAAAAUCCGGAGAAUUGCAAGCUUGAUUAUGCGAAGAUCAAGCUUAUCAUCGAUACUGCUAGUAAGUUUGAUGAUUAUAUCAAAAAGUUGAAUGGGGGAUAUAACUACAUCGCGGUAGAUGAUGGGCUAAGGCUCGAAGGUUGA